AUUUCUGCUGAUUUUAAAAACAUUCUCUCGAAAUUGGUGGUUAAUUUAAAAAGGAAAGUACUGUGAAUUAAAAUGACAUUUAACAUGGGUAAGAAAACUUUUAUAUUUUGUUUUUAUAUUAAAGAAGCAAGCAAUUAUUAUAACAUGAAAAUAUUGUCGCAAACUCAAAACAUUUUUGGCGUGCACAAACAUAUUUAAAUUUAGCUUAUUCAAGAAAAGGAAUUAUUUCAUCCAGCGAAGAUGAGGACUUCGAAGAUUCACCGCUUUUUAAUCGAGCAGUUAUUGAUAAAAUUAAACAAACCUCUGAAAACAGAGAAAAUAAAAGAGAAAAAAGAAAGAGAAAAGAUAUUGAAAAAGCGAAUGGGACUUUUAUCUCAAGCAGCAAAGAGAGCGAUGUUGGAGAUGGCACCGAAGACGACAUUCAAGACGACAAAAAAAGAGAGAAAGGUAGCAAUGACGAGGAAAAUAACGACACAGAAAAUUAAAUGUCAAGCUUGUCAGACAAGUGUGUUCGUGCGGAUUCCUUGGAAGAAGCAAAAAGAAUUAUAGAAAAAUACAAGAUUGAAACUGGAACGAACUAUUCGAUUUACCAUAAAAAAAGCGGUUUUUGUUCUCCAGAUGUUGAUAUAAAAGGUCAUAGGAUCAUGUUUGAGGACAAAAAGUCUGACAACCAACAAAUUUUUUUUACUGGUACACCAUUUCUCGUUAUGGGUAUGGAGGCGUUAGAUUGCGUGCACGGAGCAGACAAAAGUAAAGUUCAAAACAAUAAGAGGAAAGACGCAAGAAAGGCAAGCAUGAUUUAUCCGCUUUCCUAAAAAAAAAAGAAAAAGAAAGAUGAUAAUUCGCGCCUCUACUAAUUUUUUAGAAUGAUGGUGAUCACUCUUUCAGGAAGUCAAGAUUUCUGGCACAAAAUACAAAAAAGAUGGAUUGUCCUGCCAAGAUUAUCAUGCGUGAUAUUAUCACACUUCUUGAUUAUAAGGUAGAAACUAAUUUUCUGACAAUCACAGUCUAAACCGUUGAUCAAAUUUUGACUUUUGUCAUACAUAUGAUUUAAAAUGUACCGCCUAGAUUGAUGCUAACACGGAGUGGAAGAGAAAAGUUUGCGUUAAAAGCUUAAAAAAUAAAUGGCAACAGAAUAAAGAAGGUGUACGGUGGAAACGAACUAUAUGGAUCACAUUCCCUGAAUCACAUUCUGGACAUUUUGUUGGAAAGGUAUAUGUUUAAAGCUUCGUGUCGUCUCUGUAGUUGUAAAACUUGGUAGUAGAUAAUUAAAUCGUAAAUUUUAAGGCUGGAGGAAUGUCCCAAAAAGUCGAUAAAAGAAUAAUUAAAAAAAUUUCCCAACUAGUUGCGGAAGGAGUGCGUCAAGUACGAGAAAUGGAAAGACACAUAAAAUAUAUGUCAAGAAUGAAUUGUUUAGAGACGACAGUGUUCCACCCACAACAAAUAGGAGAUUUUAUCCUAAAAGAAGUGAUAUACGUAAUCAUAUGUACUGUAAAAAACAGAUUAGCAAAAAUGGACCAAGAGAAUCUACUACUGAAAGUGGAAGAAUGGCGCAAAGAAUCUCCCAAAGAUAACUUCUUUUUUUGAGGGUAUGGUGAAGUUGUCAACAACGAAGAUUGUAUACAGCCAAGUGGUGAUAAGGAUGACAACGAUGAUAUCAAGGUCUGUAAAAAUUUAAAGUAGUUUACGAUCGUAAAAGAUUGCGUUCGCAUCUACUUAUGUGUUUGCAUCAAGAAAAAAUGCUUCCUUUUCCUGAAGAAAAAACAUUAAGAUCUUUAAGAUGCGAAAUCAAAAUUUUGGCUAUUGAGUUGUACUACAGUUGUCGCAUGCCCUACGACGAAGAAAACGCAGAUGACAUGGCCGAAUGUUCGAAAUGUUUACAGUGGUUUCAUCAAAAAUGCGAAAAUAUCCCACCAAUAAUUUUUAAAUCAAGAAACAAAAAAUAUUUUUGUAAAGCUUGCGUUGAGGAAAAAAAAAGUCGAAAAUAAAAAUUAAGACGUAAAAUCA